AUGGCUGACGCAGACACCCCCGUUACCCUGCGGACACGCAAGUUCAUCCGCAACCCUCUCCUGGGCCGCAAGCAGAUGGUCGUUGACAUCCUGCACCCCGGCCGUGCCAACAUCUCCAAGGAGGAGCUCCGCGAGAAGCUGGCUACCCUCUACAAGGCGUCCAAGGACCAGGUCAACGUGUUCGGCCUGCGGACGCAGUUUGGUGGCGGCAAGACCACGGGUUUCGCCCUGGUCUACGACAGCCCCGAGGCCAUGAAGAAGUUUGAGCCGCACUACCGCCUGGUCCGUGUCGGCUUCGCCACCAAGAUCGAGAAGGCCGGCAGACAACAGCGCAAGCAGCGCAAGAACCGCCAGAAGACGCUCCGCGGCACGGCAAAGGUCAAGGGUGCCAAGGCCAAGAAGGAGAAAUAG